CCGCUCUAGGUGGGGCGGGGCUCCGCGAGAACCUCAUCCUGAAGGGAUAACUUGGGAAGCGGAGGCAGGCAGUAGAGAAGGGGUGUCCGACGGCGACGGAGGACGUGGUCUUUGCAGAUUAUCUUCUGGGGAAAAAAUGCCUAAAGUCAAAAGAAGCCGGAAAGCUCCCCCAGAUGGCUGGGAGUUGAUCGAGCCAACAUUGGAUGAAUUAGAUCAAAAGAUGAGAGAAGCUGAAACAGAACCUCACGAGGGAAAGAGGAAAGUGGAAUCUCUGUGGCCCAUCUUUAGGAUCCAUCACCAGAAAACCCGCUAUAUUUUUGACCUCUUCUACAAGCGGAAAGCCAUAAGCAGAGAACUGUAUGAAUACUGUAUUAAAGAAGGCUAUGCAGAUAAAAACCUGAUCGCAAAAUGGAAAAAGCAGGGAUAUGAGAACCUAUGCUGCCUGCGGUGCAUUCAGACACGGGACACCAAUUUUGGGACAAACUGCAUUUGCCGGGUCCCCAAAAGCAAGCUGGAAGUGGGCCGGAUCAUCGAGUGCACGCACUGCGGCUGCCGGGGCUGCUCUGGCUGAGGCCGUCGGGCCGACCCCUCUCCACCCCGGACUCUGGACUGCGCAGGUUUCUGCCUGUCACGCCACCCUUUCCUGGGAGCAGCUCCUCCUCAGAGCAGUUCCCCAGGCCCGAGUAGGAACAUGGUCUCUACGUGUGAAGGCUUUGGUGUUCAUCAGCUGUGAUUUGUAGAAAUAAAACUCUUAAACCUUU